AUGGGUGCCCAAAAUAAAGAAGCAAUUCUAGAUGAAUUGGGCAGUAGUCGAGAUAUUUCUAUUCAAGGAACAUUAGAAUUUUAUAAAGCAAAAAAAUGGGUAACACGAGUAAUACUUGCACAAAAAUUUUCAGAUUUAGAAGAACCAAUUGUAACAGUAUUUAAAACAAUAAAAAAUAAGAAGAGCAAAAAAGGAGGUAAAACAUGUACAUUGAAUAAUUUUGUUGCUGUUUCUAAGGAUAUUUGUAUUGGAAAAAGAGAUUGUACAUUAGCUAUUAUGACAUUAAAUUUUGAUCUUUAUUUUUCAUUUGAAAGACCAUUAUCACAAUUAAUAUGGUAUAAUUGGAUGAAACAAUGUUGUCCACCUUUUAAAACAUUAGAUAUACAAUUUUUAAAAGGACCAAAUUAUUAUAAUUGGAUGGAAGGAAAACAAUGUACUAUGUAUAUAACAAAAAAAAAUUUUAUUGUUAAAUCACAUGCUAUACGGGGUAUGCAUGAAACAAUAUUACAAGGAUAUCAUGAAGAAUUUAAAUUUAAACGUAGAGAAGAUAGAAUAUUAGAAGUUAAAUAUAUAGGAACAAAUUAUUCAUGGUAUUUUUGUGGUCCAGCUAUUUAUGAAAUAUUAAAAGUUCAUAGAGCAUUAAUGAAAAAUAUUCUUGAACAAAAGAUACCACCACAAGAAGAUAUUGAUAAAUAUACAGAAGGUUAUUGGCUUCAAUCACUACCAAUUUUAGCAUCCCGUGAUCCUGAAAGUUGUGGUAAUUCUACAACAAAAUCAAAUUGUAGUUCAACUAAUAGUUCAUUAAAAAUUCACCGGGUUAAGAAAGAUGAACAAAAAAAAUUAAACACUUUAAAUUCUAUUAUACCACAUAAUAAUGAACAAAAUAUAUCUUCAGAUUAUAAAAAUAAUUCAAAUAAUUUAAAUCAUGUUUAUACAGAAUAUAUACAACCACACUAUACAAAAAAUAAAAACAAUUAUUAUAUGAAAAGAGGAACAAAAUCUAUUAAUAAUUUGACAAUACAAAACAAACUUGAUCCAAUUUAUGAAAAUUUACAAAGAAAGGACAUUGAUAAUAUAUAUUAUAAAAAUGGUAAAAAUAAAAAAAUGGAAGAUAUUAAAAGAUUGAGCAAAAGUGUUAAUAAUAUUUAUAUUAAUGAGGAUACUGAUACAACUUCAAAUAAUCGAUCAUCAAUACCAUUCUUAAAAAAACACAAAGAAAUUUCAUCAUCAUUUUCUUUACCAUUAGGGCCGAAACCUAUAAAUCUUAAUAAACCAUUAACUUAUUAUUUUUCGCCAUCAAUAUCAGAUACAAAUAAUGUAGAGAUACCAGGUCUAGUUAAAACAAGUGGCGACAAAAAAUUAUCAUUUAAAAAUAUAAAGAAAACAGUAAACAAAGUGUUUAGAAAAUCUAUUACUGGAUCAUUUACGAAAUAUGAUGGUGACAGAAAAUCAGAUGGUUCAAAUUACUAUCCAGAAGAAAAUAAUAUAGAUAAAUUUAUGUACGCUAAUUUAAUUGAUACAUCAAAUAAAAAUAACAAUACACCCGAAAUAAAUAAUUUACAUAGUCAUACUCUUACAGAUGAGUACAUUGAAAAUUCAAAUAAUACAACACCAUCAUCAUAUUUAACAAAAAAACAAAAUACUGUUUCAGCGCAAAAAGAUAAUUCUAAUAAAAUUAAUUUAUUAUCAUUUAAAGAAAAAAGAAAAUUUAGAGAUGCAACUGAAGAUUACAAUAUUUAUGUUAAUACACAAAAUUAA